ACGAAAUUAAUAAAAAAAAAAUAUUAUAUAAAAAUAAUUUUUUUUUUUUUAAUAACUUGCCGUCGGCAAAAUGCAAGCAACGAAAAUGCGUACACCAUUUGCAAUACAAGAAAUUCUUGGUUUAAGCGGUGGUAGUGGUGCUAGUAAUAACAAUAUUAAUAACAAUAAUAAUAAUACAAUACUUAGUCGACCAUCAUCAAAUAAUUCACCAUCGCCGGUAUCAUGUCAUGCAGCAGCAGCUGCUGCUGCUGCUGUUGCAUCAAAUGCUGCCGCUGCUGCUGUUGCUGCUGCCGCAUUAAUUAAUUCAUCACAAUCACCAACAUCAGUAUGUAGUGAUGUUAAUAUUAUUGGUACAACAAUAUCAUCAAAUUUAAAUUCAUCACGAGAAUCAUUAGGUUCAAUAUCACCAGAUAAUAUUAAACAAAAACAAAAUCAACAACGAAGUUCAAGCGUUACAAAUGAUAGCCAUAAUAAUAAUAAUAAUAUUAAUAAUAUAAAUGAAAACGGUGCAAUAAUUAAUAAUAAUAAUAAUAAUAAUAAUAAUCAUAGUGAACAUAAAAAUGAUAAUAUUAAUGAUACAGGUAGUGAAAUUGAUUGUGAUGGUGAUGGUAAUGGUAGUAUAGGAAGAGAUUUAGAUAUAAAUGGGCCUAUAAAUUUAAAUAAUAGUAAUAAUAAUGGCAAUAAUAAUUCAAAUAAUAGUCAUAAUAAUAAUAAUAAUAAUAAUAAUAAUAGUAAUAAUGGAACAAUUACAAAUCCAUGCCAAUUACCUGUAUUUAAUCCAGCUAAUUUUUAUGCAGCUGCUGGUUAUACUGAUCAAAAUCAUCCAUUAAAUGCAGCACAUCAUCAUCAUAUGACAUUAGCGGCAGCAGCAUAUUUAAGAGGUUUUUUACCACCCGGUUUUAAUCCACAUUCACAUGAAUUUCGUGGUCAUUUUCAACAACAUUUUAGUGGUCAAUUUGAUCAAACUCGAGGAGAUUUUUCACGUUUAACUGGUUCUGUUGUAAAUGGUAAUGAUGAUCAUCCAAUAUUAAAUGGUAGUUCAGCAUUAGGUAUGAGUGCAGCAGCAGCAGCUGAAGCAGCACAUGCAGCAGCUGCUGCGGCAGCAAUGGCUGCACAUCAUCAUCAUCAUCAUCAUGGUCAUCAUGGUGGUAAUAGUGGUAAUAGUCAUCAUGAUAAUUUAUUAGGUGGUGGAGGUAGUAUGGGAAGUGGUAGUAGUAGCGGUGGUAAUAAUAGUAAAAAGAAAAAUAAAAGACGUCAUGGUAGAACAAUAUUUACUAGCAAUCAAUUGGAUGAAUUAGAGAAAGCAUUUAAAGAAGCACAUUAUCCGGAUGUUAGUGCUAGAGAAACAUUAUCAAUGAAAACUGGUUUACCAGAAGAUAGAAUACAAGUUUGGUUCCAAAAUCGUCGUGCUAAAUGGCGUAAAACAGAAAAAUGUUGGGGUCAUAGUACAAAAAUGGCUGAAUAUGGUUUAUAUGGUGCUAUGGUACGUCAUUCAUUACCAUUACCUGAAACAAUAUUACGUUCAGCAAAAGAUGAUGAAUCAGUUGCACCAUGGUUAUUGGGUAUGCAUAAAAAAUCAUUAGAAGCAGCUGAAAUAUUAAAAAGUGAUGAUAGUGAUCGUGAAACACCAACAUCAGAUGAUACAAAUACAUCAUAUUCAGCUGGUAGUACACAUAAUUCACCAAUAUCAUCAUUUUCAAUAUCAAGAUUAUUAUUUGAUCCACCAACAUCAGUAGCUUCAUCAUCAUCAUCAGCUACAUCAAUGGUACAAUCAAUUAAACAUAAACAUCUUAGCAAUAUUAAUAAUAAUAAUAAUCAUCAUCAUCAUCAUAAUCAUCAUCUUCAUACACUUAAUUCUGAUGAACAUCCGUUAAAUCAUAGUAAUAAUAAUAAUAAUAAUAAUAAUAAUGGUAAUAAUAAUAAUAACAAUAAUAAUCAAUAUACAACAAGUCAUCUUCAGCAUCCACAUCAUCCAUUACAUCAUCAUCAUCAUAAUCAUCAUCAUUUACUGCAUCAACAUCAUCUUCAAUUAACAAAAAAUGAAGAUUCAGCUAGGUGAAAUUCAUAUUAUUAUUAUUAAAAAAAUAAGAGUAAUUAUUAUAUAAAAUUUUAAUAUUAG